GCAACCGGCAGCUCCCAAAGGGCAGCUGUGGUGGUGUUUACAGUCAAGAAAGUCAAGCAAAGUGCAGGCCGGGCUCAAGCGGUGUGGCAUUUACUGUCAAUACAGCAGGGGAGAGAAAAGAGAGAUAAGACGUAGAGGCCGCACUCUGCAGCCACACGACGCCCAAAAAGGACCGCAGGACAGAGGGUGGCUGGAAAUUGGACGUUUUAGGAACGAUCUGCAGACGUGCACGGCUGGACAGCUGAAGGCUUGCAGUGGGCAGGGAAUGCCAAGUGUCCGGCGUGGCUGGGAAAAGUGCCACAAGGUUUAAUUCGGGAUUGUUUGGUGCUUUCUCCAUCUCCCCGCCCACCUGUGUCGGGAUUGCCAUUCUGAAAAAGAAAAUGCAGCCCGAACAAAUUCGGGACCGAUGUUAGGAAUGGCAUUAAGCGCCCAGCUGAGAGUCCUGCAGAGCAGAAAGCUAGCUUGCUUCCCUCUUUCUGUGCUUGCGUUGAACACUGGCGCUUUCAGGUGAGAGGAGCCGCCCAUGCAAACCCCACCGCUGAUGCUUUCUGCCCAAAGAACCUCCCAAGACUGCCAGGAGGAAAAUGAAACCACUCACAGAAGAGGCUGUAGAAAACUACCUCCAGAGUAAGGUGAACCCGAGGCACCACAUGGUGUCUGCAGCGGUGGCCGAGGUGCAGAAAACAAUCCAGAGGCUGACUGCCGAAAUUAGCAAGAAAGAUUCCCGUUUCCAGGCCAUCUCCAUCUCUGAUGUGCAUCAUGAGAACCUGAAGGUCUUAGCGCCCAGCCAGUUCCUUGUCACCAUCCCGUUGGUUGGCUUAACCGGGUACAAACAACGCCAAGUGCGGCACUGGCGUUACUACACUUUGCACGGAGCAAAACUCCUGUCUCCUGUCAGGGACCCCGAGGAGCUGCAGCAGUGGCUGGAAGUGGAGCAGUUUUCCACCAGCCUCCCACUUUGGCAUGAAACAGACGUGAACAUUGAGGGCGACCUCGUGCCUGCCAGAGUCCUUGCUGUCUUCCGAGAUCUUGUGGAGAAAUCAAUCCACGGUUGCACUCUCAUGGAUGUAGAAUCGAUGCUUCAACGCUCCACAGGCUUUUGCGGCAAUUCUGUGCAUCCCGUAUCUGUGGAGCUUCAAAGAUGA